CCUUUUUUCCCUUGAAGCCCAUCUCCAUUGGAACUGCAUAAAAAAAAAGUACUUUCCCUAUGAAGACAAUGUGAUUCUUGUAAGAUACAAGGGGGUGAGAUGACAUGGCUGAAGUGACAGUGUUGGAGAAAGAUGUGAAUGAGAUGCAGCUUGCUCAGGAUGAAAUAACUCAUCUUGAGAGGAGAUGGAGCCAAGAUGAUGAGCUUCUUCAUGGGAGUAAGGAAUGGAGGGAUGUUGUGAAGCAUGUCUUCAUCUUGAGCGAAGCUGGAAAACCUAUUUACUCGAGACAUUUUUCAGAGGAGAAGCUGGUGAGCCUGUUUGGAGUGAUGCAAGCACUGGUGUCUUGUGUCUCUGACUCAGAGGAUCCUAAUGAGUUGGAAAGCAUUCAAGCUGGAGGUCAUUUGUUUGUCUUUCUUCGUCGUAGUCCUCUCAUUCUUGUGGCAGUAUCUCAGGCUGGGCAUUCUCUGCCAUUUUUAUGCAUCCAACUGGAGUAUUUAUACAAUCAGGUUGUGAGUGUACUGACAUGCAACCAGCUGGAAGGGAUCUAUAGGCAGAGAAAGAACUAUGACCUUCGUCGCUUGUUGGGGGGAGCAGAAAGCUUAUUGAAUCGGUUGCUGGACUUCACAGAUGAUGCACCAGAUGUUCUCUUAGGAGCAGUGCGCUGCCUCAAACUUCGGCCUGCUUCUAUCCGAGAUGCCAUCUCCAAUGCUUUGCUUUCUCAUUGUUCAAAGCUCAGAACAUUGGUGUAUGGUGUGUUGCUUGCAAGGGAAGAGGUUAUUGGGAUGGUGAGGAUGAAGAGAUGCCAACUCCAUCCUGGAGACAUUCAUCUCCUUUUGAAUCUGGUUCGAUCCAAUGAAUCCUUCCAGAAUGGGGAAUCCUGGGCUCCCAUUUGCUUGCCUCAUUUUGACCCAAUGGGAUUUCUUUAUUGUUAUGUCUCAUACUUGAGUGAAGACUGCCGUGCCAUUCUCCUCCUCCUCACAACAGACAGGGAUAUGUUUUUCCCUCUGUCUGACACACGCUGUCGAAUUGUUGAGAGUCUUCGAAAGGGGAAAUAUUUAGAGAAGAUCAAUGAAGCAAUGGAGAAUGGAGGGUAUGAGAUGAAGGAUGUUGAUGCAUCUGUUGGAGGAAUUGAGCAUUUCCUGUACAAGCAUCGAGGAAGCAGUCAAUAUACGUGCUCAACUUUCCCUCAACAUCUCUCUUGGAAGAGAAUCUAUCCACUUUAUCAGACUCUUCAUCAACGGAUACAUUCCCCAACUCGGCCCCUCAAACUCCUUUACUUGACAGGAGAGACUGAAUGCAUACUUGCAUGGGAAACAGGAGAAUUCGAAGCAUACAUAACAUUUGGUUGCCUUGUGCAGCGUUCACAAGCCAUAGCAGCUGUGAACAACCUCCUGAAAUGGAUCAAAAGUCAAGAGUCCUCCCUGUUUCUACUCAAUCUACCCACAUUUUGAGUGUAUCUAUUCACUUUGAUCUCAACUGGAUCAAGCAGAAUCAUAUUAAAACUUUAUUCUGCC